CUCAUUUGCUUUGCUAGUUUGUACCGAACAUUUCCCCCACAAUAAAAACGUCCAAUUUCUGUUUGUGCAGCUUCUUCAUCUUCUUCCUCCUCCGCUUGUUUGCGAAGCAGCUCCCUCGAGCCCUCGAGCUGCGAGCGGGAGGAGAGGCGUUUGGUGGGGGGCGUUUCUUCUCCCGGCUGCCUCCGCCACCAACAAGCUGCGGGCUCUAUCGAGGAAAGAAGCAAGGGAGAUGUGCCCGCUGCGGGUGAUCCUCAUCUUCCUCUCCGCCACCAUCGCCGGCUUCUUCCUCAUCAGGGGACUCAAUGCCGAGCCCGACCUAUUCCAAGACGACGACGACAAGGCCUCCGAGUCGGAAUCCCCCAGGGCUCCCGUGCCCUUGCAUUCCAAGGUUGGAUCGGCUGUGAAAACAGGAUUCUGGACUAUGGUGGACAUGGCAAGCGGGCGUUACCUUUGGCGCACCCUUGUUGCACCACAGGCAAAAUCUGAAUCCGACAAGGCGCGGUGACGAAUGUUCAUAAUUUAUUUCAUAUCUUGGUGAUUGGGUGCUACAAAGGCAAAGCUUGGCACAAUCUUGUUGUUAUUAUAUGUUGGCGUUGGUGUGUGAUACGGCGGCAAAUGUGACAUGGGGGGAUUAGAUACUUGAGUAGUUGUGCAAAAUUGCUCAUGUUUGAGUCUUGUUGUCUAAAAAUGUAAGUGGGUGCAGUGCUGGGAGUGUGGAGUUUGGACAUGACAUUUGGGCUGAAGUUUGCACGAUUUUGUUUUUCCACUAAGUCCAUGCUCUAAUGUGAAACUUGAAGCAUAUAACAAAAGUGAGUAGCUGGAAUCUGGAAAUUUCUGAAAGAAUAUUGUUGGAUGGCAAGUCUGUAACUUUCUUUUGUUGAAGUGAUGUUCAGUUGUCGGUA